AUGAGCCGCCUCAGCUCGUGGUUCCAGCGCGGACGCGGCACUCGCUCGCCUGAAAACUUGCACGCGCGAGACUCGAAGGCCACCAACAUCUCCUCUCCGUUCAACGUCAUGACUGUCGACACGCAAAAGACUGGACCUGAGACUCGGGCGGUUACUGUGUUCUGCGGUUCUUCCACUGGGAAGUCGCCCGCGUUCAUAGCCGCGGCCAAAUCGCUUGGAAAGGCGAUCGCGGGGGACAACAGGGCUCUUGUGUAUGGAGGAGGCUCCGCAGGAAUCAUGGGCAUCGUCUCAGGUACGGCGCUCGAGGCGGGUGGCGAUGUCGUUGGGGUCACCCCGUUCGCGAUGGUCGCCGCGGGGGGAGAGAAAGAGCAGACGAAGAGCGUGCACAAGCCGCACAUACAGAUCAAGGAGAAAGGCAGAGAGAAGGUGGAAAUGGUGAUCGUGAAUUCUAUGCACGAGCGUAAAGCGGAGAUGGCCAAACGGUCUUGCGCGUUCGUUGGUUUGCCAGGCGGUUAUGGCACUUUCGAGGAGGUCCUCGAAGUUGUCUGCUGGUCACAAGUCGGGAUUCAUAGCAAACCCGUGCUCGUCGUGAACGUGCGCAACUUCUGGGAUCCGCUACGGGAGCUCAUCCGGAACGGCAUCCGGGAAGGCUUCAUCCUCGAAAAGAACGAGCAUCUCGUACGCUUCGUCGAGGGCCCGGCCGACCACGCAGAACACGAGACGUUCGACUGGGGCAAGGCCACGAUGGACGCGCUCAACGAGUGGCAGACCGUUGCGGCGAGCCACUUCUACAACUGGCACUUGCGCAAAGAGGGUAAGGAUGAGGCAGACACGCUAGGUGCGGUGUAG